AUGGACACGAUGCAGAACUUCAACACCUUUGUCAAUCCCCAGGACCUCGAAAACCACGGCGACUUCCAGGACUCCUUCUGGCAGAUGCGCAUUGAUCCCAACGCCUUCCAGUCGUACGAUGCCGUUGGCGUCCUACCUGGCACAAGCGAGCGCUCAAGCCGGAAACAGGACUCGGCCCUCGACCUGACGUCCUUCUCCAGCCAAGGCUACCCGUGCAUCAAGACCGAGGACGAAUUCAGCAACUUUGUCAACACGGCCCAUUCGACACCCACUUCCAACACACCCUCGCCCCACGACCAAUUCAUCUUCAGCAAUGCCAACUCACCAGGCGAGUACAACCGGGACCAGAGCCAGACCAGCUCCCCGGAGACAUGCAAUGAAUCCCUUACCAACGACAGCUGGCCUGCAAUCCACAUCCCCCAGGCCCUCGAGCAGGCCAAGGUCUCUAUCGCUCUUGAUAAGAACAAGAACCGGGCCGAAACGCAAAUCAAAACUACCGUGACCAUGGACCCGCUCGCUUCGCACAUCCAGUGGAUUCGCUUCCCCCGCCAGAAUCUCGCCAAACCAAAGCAGAUGGCCAGCACCGAGGAGGUUGAGGCCAACGAGAAGAACAACUCCACUGCCCGGUUACAGCUGACUCUUGUUCUGGCAACCGCCGUUGAGAAGCCAGAAGGACUGGAACGCGCUUUCCGCCGUGCCCGCGGCGAGGAGCCCACGCCAAGGCGCCCACGUGGCGUCGCCAUCACAGACAUCGCCAAAGACGACCGGUGCCACCCCCAAAAUGGCGGCGCUGUCAUCAUCUGCGAAGGCUGCAAGGAACGCGAAGCCAAAAGAUUCAACCGCAAGAAGAAGCGCGAGGCUGACGAUGAGAAAGAGUGGUCCAACUACGAGGACGACCGCAUCAUCAUGAUUAACGAGAAGGAGUUCAAGAGAUGGCAGGACAACGAUAACUCCGACUUCUCUAUGAACGCCAAGAAAGUCGAGUUCGUCAUGCGCAUAACGUGCUACUGCAGACAUCAAGAAGACAAGUCCCCCGUCGGCUACAGGGUCAUCUUCACCUUCAAGGACGCCAACGAGAGCGUACUCGCUCAGGAAGUCUCCGAGAUUGUACAGAUCACAGAUGACCACAAGAACAAGGAAAGUCCCUCAGAGGCCCUGAGCUCUUUGACUAUUCCCACUGGGUCACAUGAGAACAUGCCCCUCCAGUACACAAUGCCCAUGUCAGAAUACUCUCCGACCGUCUGCAGCAGCCAGUACUCAUUACCCACGACGCCCAUUGUCCCACAAGCUCCCGGAUUGCCACACUCGCAGAGCAUGUUUUUCCCACGGGAAGCACAGUACCCUCGGAUGAUGAACCCCACCCCAGCGAGCCAAGCUCCAAACCAAGGCAACAUGAACUUUUACGGUACUGCCAUGCCUGCACCCGCACCUACACAGCAGUACGCCUCGCACCAGCGCGGCCAGAGCUACUUCUCGCCAACGAUGCUCAGUCCUACAGCAGACCAGAUGUCAGCCCAGGCUGGGUACGCCCUCCACCGCCCGCAUUCUCUGGACAGCUUCCCACAGGCGUACAACUUCCAAUUCUCGGCACAGCAAUCGUAUCCUCAGAUGUACUCAUCCCAACCGCCAUCACGCGCCACCUCCCGGCCAGCAUCGCCAACUUGGGACCAAGGGCGGGGCGCCAAGAAGAUGCGCGCUCAACCUGGCUUCAUGCUGUAUGAAGACUUUGAGGAAUGA